ACGCGAAGUCAACUGUCUGCUGCCGUUGGCUGUUAGUUGCUGUCGUUUUACUUCUCCAGUCAUCAAAUCAUAGAUGAUGAAGUGAUGCAAUUGCAAAGUGUUUGGUAAAGAAGUUGGUCGGUUGGUUUCGUGGUUCGAAAGCAGUUUAAUUCUUAUUAUUUUCUCCGGUUUUUCUGAGUUUUUCACUCUUCUCAUAUUUUCUUGACAAAUUAAGUGCGGGCGUAAACGGGACUAUUGCGAUAUAGAAGUAAAAUAGUGCUAAUUGCAAAACAAUGAAAUUUACUACGUAAACCUAAGAAAGCUGUGGUGGAGGUGGUGGAAGUAAAGAAGCUUUAAAAAUUGUGAAUACAAUUCGAAGUGAAAAUCCAAGGAAUGGAAAGGAAAGUGAAGUGAAAAAGUAUGCUCAAACUAAACAAUGCAGUUUGAUUUAAACCAUUUAAAGCAGUAUUCAUAUUAUUUUGUUGUUGAAUAAAGAAGGAAAUAUUUCUAAGUGGGUUAAAAAGGUAGUGUUCUUGUGUUAAACAAUAGAAAAAUGCAUGGAAUGCGAGUAACAGAAGUGAGCAGAGUUUUUGUAUUUUUUCUCAUUGUGAAUGCAUUGAUGCAUUAUGAUGUACGAGCACUUGCAGCAAGCGAUGUAGAGGAGGUAGUGGACAAGGAGGAAUCCAGUGCAGCACGAGUGGCCACAGAUGUGACUACGAAUAUGACAACAGGAAUACCAAGAAUUCCUCCCCCACGGGUGAAGUUAAACAAAUGUUGUCGAUACAAUGAGCACAUGAAUUUAAAUGAGACCUGUGUUAUGGGCAACUCCGAAUUAUGGGUGCCCCUGAUUUUUCUGAUUAAUCGAAGACAAUAUUAUACACCACAAGGGGGUAAACCCAAAUUCAUGACGUUCCAAGAAAAUGUCCGCCCCAUGGUGGAUGCAACCAGCAUUAUUUCAAUGCAGGAUGUGGAGGCGGAAAACUACAUAAAAGAGCAAACACGUAAUUGUACGUCGGAUGAAUUGGAAUUUUUUUCAGCUGGCGGAAAUUGGUUAAUAUUCUCAAAUGGCUCGUUAUUUUUGGGGGAACGCAAGCAGUUUAUUGAACCGCAACGCUUUUGUGUCGAUCGAAAUGGCGUACUCGUCUGCUUUCCUCGCGAGAGUAAUGGUAAGCAACGAAUAAAGAUAAGAAAAUGCUGCGGAUGGAAUGGGAUUUAUGAUGCUGCAAAGAAACAAUGCAUAUUUCCUGGCAGCCAUAGUGACGCUAAUGCCAUCGCUACUGCUGAGUUGCCAUUGAAUAAGAGUUUGUACGAGACAAUAUACGGGUUUCCUGCAUGCCACAAAAAAGAUAUACCUUAUGCUAUCGCUGGAGAUUGGCAUGAAAGCCAACUGGAUAGUGACAAUGGAAAUCUUAAAUUAGCCCAUAAACAAAUAGCUACAGGUGAUUAUUGUCUAGAGCAUUUGAGCGAAAACGAUGCAAUUGUCGCAAUCAAAAUAUUCACUUGCCUUCAUCACUUCUCCACUGAGGCUCCUGCCAAUGCUAUUGCUGCAGUGGGUAGCACAUCCAGUGACAGAGUACAAGUAGCCGCGCUCAAUAUUGGCAUUGUGAUUUCAGUCGUUUUCUUGGGUGCCACAUUGGUGGCUGGUUAUAUGAUGCCAUCUGUCCAUCAUAUGCUACACUGGCGUUGUCAGAUUUACUAUGUUUUUUGCUUGUUUGUUGGAGACUUAAUACUCGCCUACACACAACUAUCACGGACACUUGAACAUGGCUCGUUAACCUGUAUACAUUUGGCCAGCAUAAUGCACUUCUUCUUUCUAUCGGCUUUCUUUUGGCUCAAUACAAUGUGCUUCAACAUCUGGUGGACUUUUCGCGAUUUUCGGCCGAGUUCGCUCGAACGUAAUCAAGAGUUGUUGCGGUUACGCCUUUACUCAGCAUACGCUUGGGGUGUACCGUUGUUGAUAAGCGCUAUCGCGUACAUCGUAGAUCAUUUGCCCGAAACUCAGUUAUUACGACCCGGCUUUGGCGAACGCAGUUGCUGGUUUAGCGGAGAGCACUUAUCGAUAUUUGCGUAUUUCUUUGGGCCAAUUGGACUUCUACUAUGCGUUAAUAUUAUGCUUUUCAUAUCAACAACGCAUCAAUUGACAUGCGGUUUGUGGAAACGUGAUGAUGUCAAAUCGACCACUGAGAAGACAGCGCUGGGCAAAGUGUGCUUGAAGCUGGUUGUGGUAAUGGGUGUCACCUGGAUAGCCGACGUGAUUUCUUGGCUGGUUGGCGGACCAUAUUCUGCUUGGUUUUUCACCGAUAUGAUAAAUGCCUUGCAGGGCGUAUUUAUUUUCAUUGUAGUAGGUUGUCAACCGCAAGUAUGGGCUGCCUGCAAGCGUUUUUGCUGUCCACGUUCCCGUCAAGAGAUUACAAAUACAACAAAUGGUGUUCAGCAUUCAAGUUCAUCCCAGGGUCUUCCGUCGGUGGGGGGAUAUGCUGGUGGCGAAAACACGCAAAACACUUCUGUGAAUACGACGACCAUUAGUAGUACCCAGUUGCAGAAUAAAACCAAAAUACCAAUGGAAACAGUAUGUUAAGUAUUUCUUCAACGAAAGCACAAUUUCAUUUCGCAAACGUCGGCAGUUUAUUCACACCGAUAUAUACACAACAUACCAUAGCAGCAGUUGAACUGGACGGCGGAGUACGCGUCGAAUGCCGAAGAUCAGAUCACUGCAAAGCAGUGAUUCCACAACAACAACAAUAACAAUGGUAAAAGUAAUUACUGCAAUAACAACAAUAUAGUAUUAACGUAAGCAAUAGCAAGCAACGCAGACGGGCGCGCAUCGCACGAUACUCGAAGAAGCAGACCAUAUUGCAAAAAGAGAGAGGAAAGCACGAAGCCAAAUGGGAUAAAAAGUAAUAAAUAAAAAAAAUAUAUAUAUAUAUAUAUGUACGUAUAUAAAACAAAAACGUGAAGAGAAAACAACUACAACGAAUAAGAGAAAAAGAAAUUAUACUAUGUACGUACAAGUAUGUAAGUAAUUGACAAAGCUAAAAUGAAGCUGCCUGAAUGAACAAAAAGUCGCGGCGAACGUUAGCGUACAGUGGCAGCAGUCGAAUUACCAGCAGCAGCAGGAAACGCAGAGGUAAUGAGGGCAGGAGAUAGAUGUGUAGAAAUUGCAAAGCAAGAAUUAUUACUUUCCAUACAUACAUACAUACAUAUACAGAUAUUGGGUUUUGCGUCAAGGUUUGUGCAAAACUAAGUAAAAUGCUAUAUGAUUUCUUAUUAGAAAAACUUAUGGAUGGAUGGACAUGUACACACAUGCAUACGAGUAUGUACUUCUUAGAUGGAUAAGGCGUUUGAUGAGUGGACGAAAACUUUGUUGGAUAGGUAAAGUUAUGCAGGGAUGAUGGAGAGUUGCAUCUUUGCUUGCUGCUAAGACGACUGUUGUUCGACUACGCGCGUACGAAAUACUUACACCUACAUACAUAUAUACAUAUACAUACCUACAUACAUACAUAUAUAUAUAUAGGUACAAACAUACCCGUAUAUAAUUUUUUUUUUGUUUUUGCUCUUAAAGAACAUAUUUUUUUUAUUAACGCAACCGUGGUAGUUAGCACCUUCCUAUUGUUGUUUAUGAUGGCUUGGCUCGAACUAGAAAUUGUAUAAACAAAACAGUGAACGAUUUUGUAUAUAUAGAAAAUAUUCGAGUAGUAUUCAGAGAAAAUUAUGUUUAUUUAAGCCUCGUAUUAACUCAGCGCCUUUGACUUUAGUAUAAGCAAAUCUAAAACAAACAUUAGCAGAAAUGCGUAAAAUCUAAAAAAAGCAAUGACAAUACUGAGGUCUGAUUAUACCAUUUGUAUGACACGUGUGAUCUUCAAAGCAUAUAACUAAUAUAUAAAUUAUACGGGUAUAUGGUACACACAUAUGUAUAUACCAAUGGGAAAUUCUUCAUAUGCAAGUACAUAGAUAUGCCUACCAGGGUGGCGGAAGUAAACACAGAAAUGAACCCACUAACCAACAAGAUAUUCAGCACACUUGUGCAUACAUAUGUAACGUAAGUAUUUAUAUGUAUAUUAGGGUGCCUCGCCAUAAUUUGCAGUUUUUCCAACUGAAUUUAAACAUUUAUUAUAUUUUGAAAAAAUCUCUACAAAUCGAGUUUUCUAUACAUAAAAUUAGUUUCUAGAAAACAAUUUUUUUUAAUAACCUCAAAUAAUAAAUAGAAGGCAUACAAUUUCUGCUGUGCUCGUCAUGAUCCUAAAGUUACUGUUGCAUAUGAUAAUUAACAAUAAUUCCAUGUCGUUCCAUUUGGCACCUUAAUUCCAUGUCGAUGGGUCGGCGCUUAUUUCUAUUUCAUAAUUUAACGCCAACAGAAAAUUAGAAAAAAUUCAUAAGGUAUCUUCUAAACUUUAACUAAACAUAUCGGAAGAGAUGGUUUUCAAAUUUUUUUAUUUUAAUAAUAUUUUAUCAUAAACAUGUUUCAUGCACCGUGGAGUAGUUUCAUAAAAAACGAGUCGGACACGAACGACCACAGACAUUGAAUUCUUCUUCUUCCUAAUUGGCGUAAUAACCGCUUACGCGAUUUUGGCCGAGUUUAAGAAAGCGCGUCGUUUCUUUCUCAUGAUAACCGGCACCAGUUGGACACACCAAGUGAAUCCAAGUCCUUCUCCACCUGAUCUUUCCAACGCAGAGGAGGCCUUCCUCUUACUUUGCUACCACCAGCUCGUACCGCAUCAAAUACUUUCAGAGCCGGAGCAUUUGUAUCCAUUCGGACGACAUGACUCAGCCAGCGUAGCCGUCGUAAAGCUCGUACAGCUCAUCGUUUUCAGCGACAUGAGAUUAGGGUUAAUUUAAUUUGAAACUUCUAACAUUAACUUCUGAAAUUAACAACCAGUCAAAUUAAAUUUUACAAAAAUGUUUGGCGGCAUAUAUGUAAAGUUCGGACUGAAUUUAGCCUUCCUUACUCAUUGAUGCUAUUUGAGGCUAUUUUUUGGAAGAUAAGUUUAAAGUAAACUUGAAUAAUUUUAUCGAAAUUUUUUAUCAAUUUAGACUUGAAAAGAUCAUUUUACUUAACUCGCCCCCAAUUUUGUUCGCAAAUAUCAACACAUUUCAGCUUCGUUGAUAAAAUUUGUAAAUAUUUUUAUGCAGCCCUUUUAAGCGCAAACUCGCUGUCAUCUGAGUUGAUUUUUUGGGAAGAAUAAUUUUUUUAUAUUGUAUAUUUUUAAAUAAAAAAAAAAUUUUAAUAUACAAUUUAAUUUUUUAAUAAAAUUUUUUUAAAUAUAUAUGUACAUUUUUUUAAAUUAAUUUAAAAACAUUUUUUUUUAAUUUUCUUAAAUUUUGAAAUUAAAUUUUUUUUUAAUUAUUUUGUUAAUAAAAAUCUCCAACAUUAGUGGUAUUUUCCAAUUGGUCCAGCUUUAAUUAAGAAAUAAAUUUUUUUUUAAAUUUAAAUUUGGUUUUUAUUUAAAAUUUUUUUUUAAAUUAGUUUGUUAAUAAAAAUCUCCAGCAUAGGUAGUAUUUUCCAAUUGGUCCAGCUCACGUAAAUCUUAAUAUUUUGGCUAAAGUCUUAAAAUACAAUAUAAUACAUUUUAUAAUUUCGGUGGAAAAACUCCAUUUUUUUUUGGUGAGCCACCCCAAUAUAGUGCGAUUUACAUAAAUCAACGGCCUUUUUUUAAAGAAUAUUUUUAACUAAAAACACAUUUAUCUUUUGCUAAUUUCAAACCAUACAUGCGUUAGUGGGUUCCCAAGAAAGGGAUUUUGGGUUUGUAGCGCGAAAAAUAAAAACUUAUUUUCUAUACUAAGAAUGAACUUAUCAAUUAUUUGUACAUACACAUGCACGUGUGCAUGUAAAUUCUCCAGUUUGUUCGAUGAUUGUUUGCCUGCUUUAAGGAAACUCUGUUUCUGCGCUCAUAGAGUUUGUGCUCCUUAUCAGCAAGAAACUGUGCCAAUUGCAAUUUGAGGCUGUUGUUGUGGUUGUUGUUGUAACCACAGAAAGCAUCUUUAGCGGGCACAGUGACUGCUAGACUAGAUCGACUAUCUUGGAAACUUGGGAUUUCGGAUCUUCAGGGGUGAAAAUUUGGUAAUUCAUGCUAAUUUGGUAAUGCUGCUAGAGUGAAAAUCCUUGGUGGAAUAUGAAUAUUCGGGCCGGGGCGUCAAUUUGAUCAUCCUAAACUUUUACUGAUCAAGGAGAACAUUGGCAGGUAGAUCUCUAGUGCGGUAUUUGUUAAACCAAUACUGGCAUGAGCGCUCUAGUCAACACAAAGAUUGAUUACAAGAUUUUACCAUCCCAGGGCCGUGACUUCAGUACAGAAGAAACGAAAAGAAGAGGAAGAAUAAGCGAAUGUGUGUGAAAAGCCAAUAAUGAUAAAAUGCAUCGUGCAUACAUCUACAUUUGCGCGUGCAUACGAGGGACGUUUGAAAAGUACGUGCAAAAAUAUAUUCCACUUAAUUGUGUGGGAUAAACCUUUUCUACUUUUCGACAUAGUCUCCUUUUAGGCUUACACACUACGUCCAACGCUAUUAUAGUUUGUUGAUGCCUUCCAAAUAAUAGGAUUUGCCUAAGUCUGACAAAUAGCCAUUUGUUUCUGCAAUUACCUCCUCGAUUGAAUAAAAUCUUUUCCCACCAGCCAGUUCUUCAAAUUGGGGAACAAAUAUGUAGUAGUCCGAGCUAUCCGAGGGAGCCAAGUCUGAAAAAUAGACUAAUAGAGUAAUAUCGCGACCACAACUGCUGAGGAAAAUCACUCGACUUCUUCGAUUCAAACGAAUGCCAAACGAAAAGAAAUAUUAUAUACCGAGCUGGCUGAAACUUGGUGUGUGUUUUCCCAAGAGAUGCUACUAUCUAAAACUAACUUCGCCCACGCGCCUGUAGUGCCAUCUCUCUGACUUUGCAUAGAUUUUUCAAACGACUCUCGUACAUUUUCCAAUCAGAAAAUAGCGGUUUGUGAAUGGCGUCACCUUAGUAAUCUUCACAUCGUAGGUUAACACCGUAAAUUUUCUAUAUCUCUCUGUGGGCUUCAACGGCUUUCCUGCUUCUAUGAAGGAACGUAAAAUAAUAGGGCGUCCCAUUAAGACCAUCUCUUUAGUACUUUGAAAAUCAACAAAAACAAAAAAAGAAAAUGUUCAAGAAAAAAAAUAAUUGAAAAUGUUUAUUUGAAAUGCUCAGGUGUUUUUUUUAUAAUAAAUACUAUAGACAUAGAAGUUAUGUGCAGAACGAAAUGGCAGACAUAUGCUCGCCUUAUAAUGGUGACCUUAUUCAAAAAAAAUUUCGAAUACAUUUUGACAAAUGUUCGUAGAAUCUUGUUUCUCUUUCUCUUUCACAAAAAAAUCGAAGGAAACAACUCCUUUUUUAUAAAUUCGUACGAAAUUGUGGCAAUUAUUCGAUGCGUGUACAGUCUCAUUGACUGACAGAGGUCCUUCAACACAAACUCAACACUGCUAUCUAUUUGUGAAAGCCCAAAUGACUUUCACGUCAAUCCAAUAAAUAACAUAGUUGUUGUUUUUAAUAGCAUGUUUUACCUUUAAAAUAUACUACAUGCACGAAUUGUAUGUAAACCUCAGUUCUACAGCAGAUAUUGUUUGUAUAAUUUACUCUCUGACUGCAUGCACUCACACACACAACCACACCCAAACAUAUUCUAAACAUUUAACUCCCAGGCUUUAUAGAUUGUAUAAACAAACAAUAAAAAAAAACAGGAAUUCUACUUCAAAUAUCCAUUUUUUAUACACAUGCAUAUGUAUACAUACAUGCAUACAUACUUAUACAUAAGUAUAGGUAGAUAUCUACCGAAGACGCCUGAUUGUCUUCGCUUUGCUCUUUGAAGGGACAUUCGAAAACCAGGUCGCCUCUAUUGAGAAAUAUUUUUUUACUUGACAUGGUUUACCACCAACAACUGUACAGUUUUUACCGACGCAAAGAACAAAAAUUAACGCAUUUCAAUUUGGUGUUGAUGUGGAAGCGAUGAAAUAUCAUUGCAUGUGAAUUGAUUGAUACAAACAUACAAAUGCAUGCAUAGACAUGGUAAAUACCUAGCACAUACACAUACAUACAUAUUUUCAGGUUGAAAUUCCAAGUAGUGUUAGCAUUGAAAAAAUAUCAUGAAAUAUGUUGAUUUACUAGGGAUUUGCUGCAGAUUUGUGUCAAGUGCCAAUUAGAAGCCAAACAACAGAAAUUCCUAUAAAUGUUUUGUUUCAAUAACAAAAAUGUGAAUUGGCUAGUUGUCGAAAAGUUGCCAUUUGACUAUAUUAUUUAUAGCCGUAUUAAAUUAAAUUCUAGCUGGACUAUCCUUCAUGUAUGUACAUGUACAUACAUAUGUAUAUUAGAGUGCAUCCAUAAAAAAAAAUCGGUACUGUUUGGCCAUCUCAAUUAUGAAAUAUCUUAAGAUUUAAGUGAACUGUGCCAAUUUGAAAGUGCUUCCAAAAAUUUCAUUAUUUUGGUUCCGUUGAUAAAAGUUUUAAAUAUUUUUAUGCAGAUCGUUUUCAGCAUAAACUCUUCUAUCAUCUAAUAUAAUUUUUUGGAAAAAAUAUUUUUUUUAAAGAAUUUUUUGGAAGAAAUGAUUUUAAAAAUAUUUUUUUAAAUAAAUUUUUUGAAAAAAAAAAAAUUUUUUUUAAAACGAAUUUUUUUAAGUAUUUUCAAAUUGAUUGAUCUCUCGUGCCCAAAUCUUAACAUUUUUCCGAAAUAUUUUGGCGGAAAUCUGAAAGUAUAACAAAAUUUUUUUUCAUGCGUAAACCCUUUUGAAUAAAAAUAAAUGCUAUCUAAAACUAAAAAAAUAAAUUUGAGUUUCACCACAGGCCUACUACACACCUACAUACAUACAUAUGAACCUGCGCACGCAUACGUGUAUAACAACAAUAUUUUCAGCUGUUGCCAAACUCGCGAAAUUGUGCAAUUAUUUGCACGUUGAAUUUAUGUAUGUAUUUUGCUUUAGAGAUGAUAGUCAUUAAGUUAAAAUGUUGCGAAUUUUAAAUAUUUACACAUUAUUGUGCUUUGAGCAGUGCACAAAUAUUUUCAAAAUGAUACAAUCAAUGUGGCGAUAAUAUCUGGUUCAUUAUGAAAUAUGUAAUAUUCUGUGCAAGAAAUUUUAGUGUGCACUCGUAGCUAAAGCCAGCAACACACAACAUCCAUAGGUAUAUGUAUGUCAAGAUUAUAAAUUAUUGUCUUUGCGGGAUUUCAAGAUCAGAUUAAGUUAUUUUAAACUCAGAGAAAAUUCGAUUAAUUGGCGCGUACACCCUUUCUGGGUGUUUGGCCGAGCUCCUCCUCCUAUUUUUGGUGUGCGUCUUGAUGUUGUUCCACAAAUGGAGGGACCUACAGUUUUAAGCCGAUUCCGAACGGCAGAUAUUUUUAUGAGCUUUUUCAUGGCAGAAAUACACUUGGAGGUUUGCCAUUGCCUGGCGAGGGGCGACCACUAUUAGAAAAAUGUUUUGCUUAAUUUUGGUGUUUCACCGAAAUUCGAACCUACGUUCUCUCUGUGAAUUCCGAAUGGUAGUCACGCACCAACCCAUUCGGCUACGGCGGCCGUUUUCUUAUUGAAACGAAAUAUAUCUGCAUUUUAAAUUGACAAUAAAUUCAACAAAAAAAGUUUCAUUAAUAGCAUACAUUUUACUUGAAAUUUAAAGCUAAAGGAAUUUUUGCUGCAAAAACUAAUUCAUAGAUUAUAUUAAAUUUUAUUUAAGGGGUUAGGGGUAGUCAGAGGCCCGAGGAAUUGAUGAUAUUUUUUGCUAGUCAAUUACUUUAUUUUACAAAAAUAAAAACAUAGCAUUAAUACAUCAUGUUUCGACUUGACUAUAGCAACAUUUAAAAAAAAAAAUUAUUAAUUGUAAAAGUUAUCGUUGUUUGUGUGGAGCCCUUUUCUCCAGAAGUCCCUUGCGGUGAUCAUCACAAGUCCUUGGAGACUCAUCUAAAAUCAAACGAUUAAGAGAAAUUAGUUUUAUUAAUAGAUAAUCUUGUGCCUGAUCGAAGUUUUUUUUUUUUAAAUUAACAAUAUGUCGGCCUCAAGAAAUAUUUUUCAGAUUUUCCAAAAAAAAAUCGAUAUUAAAAAAAAAUCCUUCGAUCAGGCCCGAGUUUUUAUGCUUUUCAAAAAUGAAAAAACAUAGUUUUGAGAAAAACGCAUUUAAAGUUUUGCUACUUGCUCUCGAACGCUCCAGAGCACCCGAACGCCCUUUGUUAAUUGUUGAAUAACUCGAAAAGUAUUUGUGGGAUUCACUUCAAAUUUUUACACAAUAUUUUUAAGAUAUUUAAGAAAAUGCAAAAAAAAUACAAUUUUUUGAAAACUCUGACUACCCCUAACCCCUUAAAUUAGCAAUUAAUUAAAAAAAAAUUGAUUUACUAACAUACAUUUCACUUGAAAGCGCUGCAAAAACUAAUUCGUAGAUUAUAUUAAAUUUUAUUUAAUGUUACAAAAAGUUUUCCACUUAAAGGGAUGCCUAUGUCGAAAAAUUAAAAAAAACAAUUUUUAUUUUAUUUGAUAAUCUUAAGAAUAAGACUAAUGCACAGAGAACGACUGGUUGCAAUUGUUUCUGAUAAGAAGUUGCUUCAAAUUCGAACAUCUAAAAUACUACCAAAAAAUCACCCUGUAAUGAGUUUCAACCGAAUUUGUUCGUUAAAAACAGUCAUCCGCCACAUCACAAAUUAGAGAAGGCAAGAUACCUACUAAAGGAUAUUUGUUAUGUUUUUUAGUCGAAUCGAAAGAACUAAAAAGUUACAUUUCCAUGGCAGCCGAUUCUACGUUACCCUACUCCGGUUUUUUCCAACCAAGAGAUGCCGCUCCAGUAUACUAGCCCUGUCUAGUGUUCCGUACCCCACCCCAACUAAAAAAUUAAUUUUCGAGAUUAUUUAAAGGUGACUUAAAGUACGUUCACAUAUGCAGUGAUUAACAAUAAAUCCACAAAAAUUAAUCCAUCCAUUCACAAAGGGCAGAUUAGCUGCAAAAUUGAUAAUCAGCUGCCAAGACUGUUUUGAAAGUUUUUUCUUCAUAGAAAUUGGUUUGGUGGAGUAUUUUAGUUUUUGUUAGGCAAUUAGAAUCAAUAGUUAAUUUAAUUGCGCUAUUUGCUGCUAGUAAUAGGCAGUUGGAUGAAAUUUGUAAAUGACGUCUACUUAGGUCGCAAUUCACAUGCAAAAUUCGAUGUUAAAAAAUAAAAUAAUACAUUUUUUCCUAUAUUUUUUCCGUUAUCUCCAAUUGGAGUAUAGGGCGUCUAAACUCGAUAUUAUAUUUUUAAUAGGCAAUAUAACAAGCCAAAGCGAUUAUGGACACUCGCCUUUUUUUGUAAUACGAGUGCAUAAUUAAUAAUAUCUAACGAAAAUUUUCUUUUCGUCUUUUCUUUGAUAUUUUAGUUUUUACUUUGACGUUUCUCCUUACAUUCGUUAUAAUAGUUAUGGAUAACACAGAAAACACAGGGUUGUACUGAAAAACGUAGCUUGAUAAUUUAAGAUUAUUUUAUAAUCUCGCAUUUCGGGAGAGAAAUUUUGUGUGGCUAAACUUCCGAUUUUUGUACCAAUAAAAAAAGACUGUUUGGCAUUGUCAAUUCAGGUGAACUUUUUGCAAGUAGACUUUUCGCAUACUCAUACUUUUUUCAUAGACUUACUUGCAAUAAAAAUUAUAACGGUGAUUUUCAUCACCUCAUCUUAUGUAUUUUGGUACUUAAAAACAAGACAAUCCCGUAAUGCCGGGUUUGUACAUCUCUAUUGACCACAUAACCCGUAAGUAGGUAUGUAUAUGUAUUAAUACGCGUAUUUAUUUAACUCAAAGAAACUAUUAACAGUACAAUAAUUUUUAAUUUUGUUUAUUUCGAUAAUAUUUAUUUAUUUUUAGCGUUUGUAUUAAAAUUUUUUGCUUCUAAAUACUUUCUUAUUUUAGCUGGUCUGGUUUGAACAUUACAUUCUGUGUAUGUAUGAAAUAAAAAGGCAAUUAUCAUUCAAAAAAUUGCAUAUUAUAUAAUUUGGAAAUUUUAGCAAUUUGUAAGUCGUGAAAUAAGUAAUAAUACUUACAUAAAUAUGUAUGUAUGUAUAAAAACAUAUGCUGCUUACAUAUCUUUACGUAAUUAAAUAAACAAACAUACAUUUACAUACAUACACAGACACAUACAUACAUACAUACAUACAUACAUACGAGACUCGGACAACAUGAGUCUCGGCAUCUCACAAGAAAAGCGCACACGCACUCACACAUUUCACACUUAGGGCGAGUUUACAUAGCCGGUCAGUCUUAUGAUCACAGUUCAAAGUUAGUUAACUGUCAUAUUUCGAGCACUUUUGAACUCAGUAUGUUUGAGCCAAGGGUGAAAUUCUUAGUGGCCAUUACUUUUGAGUGACAUUUCAUUCAUAUGGAAUCGCUGAUUCGUCGCGCCCAUUCGAAAUAUUCGCUGUCCGAUUUAUUUAUUUUUGUUGUUGUAGCAUUAUGAAAUACUUUUUACUGAUGCUGGAGUAAAUGCUCAGCGUGUAUGUCUCGAUUAUGUCCAUUUUGCAAAUUUUUUGUAUCGGUAGAAUCGAGGCAAAUUAAAUGUGGUAAAUAUAUACAUUUGUACAUACAUAUAUCUCUCAUCAGUUGCAAGACUGUUAUAAUCCAAGAAAAUAUUUUUUUUUUUUUAUGAAUAUGCAGAAAUUACCACCAGCUUUUUUUUUGAGAUGUGUAAAAAAUCUCGGCGAUGUCUAUUAACAGUAACUCUCUAAAUGAAAAUAUGUCUUUAUAGUAAAUAUUAUACAUAGUAAAUUGAAAAUUUUGAAACCGUUUUUCUCGAUAUUUUGAAUUUUUUGGACUUUGCAGCAAAUGAACGAAAUAUACAAAGAUAAAAAAUAAUAAAAUCUGAUAUGUCGGAAAUCUUAUAAAUAUGUCAAGCCGUAAGGUAUUGUUGGAGCGAAACAGUAGUGGUACUCUUUGUUAUGGGAAAAUCACUUGUUAGAAAAACACUUGUGUAAUUAUGGAAAGUAAAAACAUAGGAGUAGGGUAUGAAGAGUAAAAGGCGUGUGAUAAAUAGUUAUUGCAAAGCACAUUGUACAGCAUACAGAAGGUGGCGCCUUCCGUACACCGCUACUUAUAUAGUAUGUCGCGAUUUUGACAACCGAUGACAUCAUCUCUGCAGAAAAAAUAAACAAAAGAAAGAAAAGUUGGUAACUUGUAAAUAUUCUGUGAAUGGCUUGGCAAUAUACUGAUUUUAAGAUUUGUGUUUUCUAAAUUAAACGAACUAAUAAAAACGCAGAGGCGAGGUGCGUGAUAAAUUGUGAAGCACGAAUUAUAACAAUAUCUUCAAAGGCAGGUUUUUUGUGUAUUUUUGCCGAUUCCGCCGUGGCAAGAAAGUGUGCGGGUGUAUGAUUUCUUGGCAGUUUCCAUUGUUUUCGCUUACUCUUCCGCUUCAAAAACAAGUAAUUUUUCUUCCUUUUGUUUGUUUAUCUGCAGAGAUGGCGUCACGGCGAAUUUAGAAGGCGCAAUCUUGUAAUGUACACUUUGUAUCAUACGAGUUUUAGUGGUUGAAAGAAAAUUCCGUGCCAGUAAUGAAGUGAAGUACAAAAUAGUGUAAUCACCAGCGAAUCGUUACACAUCGGAAAAUAGAGUCUUAGAAGAUUUUCGUUUGAAGGUCGUUUGAUGGAGGAACGUCAUAACUCACAAAUCGGAGAAACGCGGGUUUACAAUUUGCAGUUAGCUAUUAUUGCACCCUCAGCUGUAUUGCAAAAAAAUAUUUCUUCAAGAUUUUUUUCUAUAAAACAUUAAAUAUAUUUUUAAAAUCAAUUAAAAAUCUCAAAGUAUGUAACUCGAGUUUCAAAUUAAAAAAAAAGUUUUAAAUGUGAAAAAAGUAAGUAAGCAAUUAAAAAUCUAAAAGUAUGUAACUCGAGUUUCAAAGUAAAAAAAAAAGUUUUAAAUGUGAAAAAAGUAGAAACUAUAGACAAUCAAAGUAACGUCUUCCACAAAAAUAAGCAUAUAUUUGCCAUUUGAUAUAUCCGCGCUGAAAAUUACCCAAUUUUUUAUAAAAACAAAAAAACGCACGAAGUGUCCUAUUGAUAUGUCAACUUCUGAAAAAAAAACAUGCCAAAAAGGCACUAUAAAACGGAAUAAAAAAUGGCCGAUAUGACAGUUUUAGGGCACGACAUUUUUUUAUAAAAUAUUGCACUGGGUCCCAUACUUUGAGGGUAUUUAAAAUACUAAAUGGCAGAAGAGAUCUAUUGAAAAAUUAACGACGAUAGUUGAUUUAUUAUUAUCGAAAAUAUUAAAAGGGUGAGACAAACCACUCUUACGGCACGACAAUAGGCGGUUGUAAAUAUUAUUUUUUGACAAAGCUACUCGACGUAGAACUUUUCGUAUCGAUUUAUGUUUAGUAUAUUUAAUGAAUAUCACAUAUAAUAUAUUAUGUAUAUUAUCAAAAUGAAUCGACAGUUCCUCCUGGACGCUCGUUCACUAUGGACGCAAUAGGCACCUCAAUUUUUAUCUGAAACAAGUAAAUGCAAAUUUUUUUUGCUGUUUGAUAAAUUGUAUGCAUUAAAAAAAUCAUUACGCAAAUAGGUGUACUUAAUUUUUUUUUUUUCUUAACGAAGUUAGUUAAAAAAAUGUAUAAUAAUUUAUAAAAUUUUAGAAUACCUUUUUUUAAGUUAGUUAAAAAAAAUUAUAAACAUUUCGUAUAUCAAGCAAUCGGAAAAAAUCCCAUCACUAAGUAUAUAUAAAAUGUAAUUGACAUACAUAUAUAUCAAUUUGGAGUCAAUCGGUGGUAAACUGCUUAAAUUAUCUAUAGUUUAAAAAAAUAUGAUUUCGUAAGGAACAUAAAAAAGCCAGGGCCUCUGCGCUCUUCUACAAAUCAUAACUACUUCAAAUAAUAGCUUUUCUAAUUAUUUAAAUAUUUUAUCGAGAAUUUUUAUAUCUUACAUACAUAUUUCUGAGGAUAUGACUUUAAAAUAAAGCAAAAGAAAAUAUAAAAAAAUUAAACAUUAUCCGUUUACCUCACUAAGUUACACUAAGUAAAAGUAAAGAAACAUUUUCAUCUAAUGAGAUACUGCUAAUAGAUAUCGAGAUUUUUACACAUCGUAAAGGAAGAGCUGGCUGCAUAUUAAUCUUUUUUUCUUCUUUUGUCAAUUUCAGAAUUAUCUUACGCCUUAAAACGUGACUGUCACGAAUAACAAAUAAAAAGAAAAUAAACCAAAAAAAUUAUAAUAAUAAUUUUAACCUCUGGACAUUCGGUGUAAAAUUCUACCCUAAUGCGUCUUAUUUAACAUUUUCUCUAAUACUAACUUAACGAACGCAUUCAAUUUUCAAUAAAUCUCUGCUACCAACGCUGUUUGUUUUUGUUUUAAUUUUUUUUUUUUUUUUUUUUGUUGGAAAGAAUAAACUCAUUCUCGAGUAUGUUGCAGAAUCUUCACUGUUACGAAUAAAAAAAUAAUAAUAAUAGCUUCGUGUACAAUUCUACUCUAAUGCGUCUUUAAGAAUAUAAAAAUCACUGUAAUUUUUUAACAUUUUCUUUAAUACUAACUUCACUAACGUAUUCAUUUUUCAAUAGUUCUCUUAUUUCUUUUUUGUUUGUCUGAAAGAAUAAAUUCAUUAUGCGAGAGGCUGCAAUUCAAAAUACUCGUAAUAUAAACAUAUGUGCAUAUGUAUGUAUAUGUGAAUAUACCACAGCAGCACAACUUCUUACACUGUAAGCAACAACAAUUCGUGAUUUCACAGCCCUUUACGGCAGAUAUAAACUCGCCCUUGGUCAUUUCCCCGCGCUUAUGCACACACAUACCAUAACACUGUUCGAGUAUUUAACGUGAUUUAUAAUUUUUAUGAAAAGUUUUUACCCUUUUUGUUUUUAGCCUACAGAAUUGGCAAUGUAUGAAAUAUGUAAGACAUGGUUAUUUUUAUAAGUUUUAAAAGUAAACCCUUUUUAUUUUAAUCAAAUAAUGUAUUUACUUUUUGCGCAAAAUUAAAAAUGUAUGAAAAUAUACAUAAAUAUGUAUAUGUAUCUAAAACUUGAAUGACUGAUGCGCGCAGCUACUCUACUAAAUUGUAUAAUCUCUUUACUCGCUUUAAAAGAAAAAAUGUUAAACAUGUAUUAUUAAUUUCGUUUUUCUUAUUUUAUAAGUUAUUCGACUACAUUUAUCGUAGUUAGUCAUUUUACAUUAAAUUAUACUCGAAUAAAUGAAAACAACAACAACGAAUAUUGCUGCUAUUAUUUUACUUUAUUAUAUUCAUACAUACAUACACUCGUACAUACUGCAUAAUUAGCUUUUUACAUAAAAUAUAUGUUUGUGCAUAUGCAUACAUAUAUUUGCAUAUUUUUAUGACGAAACGUUGGUUUAGUUUCUUAAUUAAGUUAGUAUUCAAAUUUGCACAAAGUACUCCCAUUUACAGCAUUAAAAUCUUCCAUCAACUUCACAUAGUAUAAUGGCAACUAAUGUAUGAAUAUGUGUGUAUACAUAUAUGCCGUACUUUCAAAACAUAAGUGAAUCUUUACUCCACCUGCAACAUUAAAAAUAUACAUACACACAUACAUAUAUACAUAGUAUAUGUAUGCGUAUAACUCAACUGCUUAUGAAAAAGAAAGUUAACAGUAAUCUGUGCAAAGUAAAUAUUAAAAUAUGCAGAUAUAAAAAAUGAAGAUUAAACUACUUGAGUUCAUUUAUACAUACAUAUGUAGAUAUUCACUUAUACAUAAAAGUGAAAAUCCUUAAUAAAAAUUUAUUUUAGAGGAAAAAAACUAAAAACUAAAAAUCUUAUGAAAACGAAUUGUAUAUGUAUGUCUUAUGAGUAUUCGCAAGGACUGUAUAAAAAUUAAUCUGCCAAAUGAGAAAAAUCGUUUGUUAGUAUGGUUUUGAAAAUUAGUAUAAGUUUUAAAUUUUAUUGUAAGAAAGAAAUAAAAAAGCGAACAAAGUGUCAAUUGUAUUAUAUUUACGUUAACAAAAUUAUAUAUUAGCGAACUAAAUAAAAUAGAUAUGGCAAUGUAAACCGAACAUAUACAUACAUAUGUAUGUAUAACACUAUUUUCUAUACACUUACUAUUUAUUGUAUAUCGAAUGUUGUGCGUGCAUACACGCGACUUAGCAUAAUAUGGAAAUUUGUAAACUGCAUACAACGAUAAAUAAAUAUUAUAUAUUAGCAA